AGGACAGGAAGUGUGCCGCAGUUUCCUGGGAGGGUCUCAGUGUCCCCGGCUCCCGGUUUGUGAUCUCAACUCUGUCAUGGCUUCAAGGUUACUGUUCCGCAGCGCUGUUCGGGCCCUCACCCGGACCGGUACCGUCCGUGCUGCAGCCCCGGUUCGCAGCAUGGCUGCUGGCGGAAUCGCAAGUGACGCGGAACAAGCUACUGGCUUAGAGAAAGAGAUAAUGACUGCACAGGCACAUGGCAUAGAUCCAUAUAGUGUGCUUAAACCUCAGACAUAUGCAGGGACCAAGGAGGAUCCUCAUAUUGUUCCAUCAAUUACCAACAAGAGGAUUGUAGGUUGCAUCUGUGAGGAAGAAAACACAUGUGCAGUCUGGUUCUGGCUUCACGAGGGAGAGGCUCAGCGCUGUCCAUCCUGUGGUUCCCAUUACAAGUUGGUUUCACACCAUCUCUCCCAUUAACAAGCAUUGCUUACCUGUGCUGUCAGUUUACCCAAAAGCUCCCAUUUUAUGUUGAGUUUACAAUAUUGUGUAAUGUAUCUUAAUUCCACGUGGCUUGGGACCAUUAAUAAAAUUCAGCUUUCCAGCCUCCUUA